AUGGAGAAUAUACAUAUAUCGGAGCAAAUUAAAUCUUCCGCGCUGGCUGUUCCUUCACCGGCCGCGACACAUACAGCAUAUGUUAAUGGCGCACGCUUGCAAAUACGAUGCCUCUCCACCUUUGAAAUUGUGCGAAGCAUAAUAGUACCGUCUACCCAUGACUUGCGCACUUCGAAGAUUGCAUGGUCACCUCCCGUCACCUCGCUCUUGACGUCGUCGACACCCACAUCUUCGCCCACGACCACACCUCCACGCCGCUCGUCACGGACACCGCGCCCCUGCUCGAACCGCGUCCUCAUAUACGACGAUGAUGUGGCGCGCGUCUACGAUCUUCGCGACGAGAAAUGGAAUGCUGUCAUCAGCAAUGGAUCGGGAGGCAUGGGCAAGAACGUGCACGUCGAGUUUGGCGGCAACGAGCAUGAGGUGCUUGUCUGGACCGAUUUCACCGCAUGUGUCAAGAUAUGGUGUCUCAAGACGGGCCGGGCUGUAGAAAUACGCGACCCAAAGUUCCCUGGCAAGGACGGCAAGGGCUGGGGAUACCGACCUUGUGACGACACGGGGUCAAGGGGCGGAGGACGGGGACGUGUUCUGGCGCUGUUGUGUCGCGCAUCAGGGACAGAUAUCUUGCUGCUCCUCGCCGCGCAGACAUACAAGGUGCUGAACCGAGUCGAACUCGCGACUACAGAUGCCGCAGGGCUGAAAUGGAGUCGCGAUGGGCGUUGGUUAGCCGUCUGGGACGCCGCGUCUGCCGGCUACAAGCUGUGCAUCUACACCGCUGACGGACAUUUGUACCGCACCAUACUCCGCGAAGCUGCCGAAGACGCCAGCGAGUGGGAUGUAGAAGGCCUGGGCAUCAAGAGCCUGGAAUGGGUCCCUGGACACGAACGUCUCGCAGUUGGUGGUUGGGAUCGCCGUGUUCGCAUCCUCUCUACACGCACAUUUGCACCUGUCGUGUUCCUCGACCACACUCCAGUCAUAGAUGUGCCCAGCGCACCUGUGUAUAGCGAACAAGUCGACAGUCGGGGCAACCGCAGCUUCGUAAUCGCACAGCAGCCUGUCACGCCGCCAAAGGCCGCUUUGGAGAAGAACGAGACUGCGCAUAUGAAGCAAGGCAUCGGCAUGCUGGGCUUCAACUCUGAGGGAACAAUGUGCGCGAGCAGAGACGAUAGUACCCCCUGUACAGUUUGGAUCUGGGAUAUAAGAAGCCUACGACCACGCACAAUAAUCAUGAUGCACGCGCCUGUCAAAGCGCUCCUAUGGCAUCCCAACGACCCCAAUCGCCUACUCAUCCAAAGCUCGCAUGACGACCCCAUCGUAUACUUAUACACGGCCUCACACCGCUCACACCCAGCCUCAUCCGCAAGCUCGUCCUCGACAACACAACUCGCACCAGCCAUCAUCUCCCUCGCCUCGCACAUCUCCAAGCCCGCAGUCUCAGUCCCCGCCCGGUGCACAACCUCGUGGCUCUCCACGCCCGCAGCCAAGAAUCCCUGUUUCAUCGUCGCCCACAGCCAAGCUUCCGUGCUUGUCUGGCCAGAUGGAAAAGACGUGCUUCGGCACUCUGGCCACCAAGACAGCGACCAUGACGACGACGGCGACGAAGUUGAAGCAGAAGAAGAAGAAGAAGCAGCAGAAGAAGAAGAAGCAGAAGAAGAAGAAGAGGGCUCAGACGACAGUCUAUACGACAUCUUGACAGGACGCACCCCCAUACCAGACAUGAGGCACAGCAUCGAUGUCGACGCCAUACAUAGCGACGGCGACGACUUAGGCGAUAGCAUAGGCACACUACAGGGUCUCGACGACACGUUUCGCGGCAAGAGGGCUGAGCGCGAGCGCGAGGCCGAACUGCAUGACGAGUACACGUUCCAUGAACAUGAGGAGGGUGUGUUGGGUGAUAGUGGUAUGAGUGAAAUGUUUUAAGCCUGUCUUCUUAUAAUUCUUCUUCUUUUUUUUAUGGAAGGGGGACUUGCAUCUAUGCUUGCUUGUUGUUUUCCCAAGUGCUCAUUCACACGCGUAAAGUCUAUGUGUGAACGCCAGUCUUGUGUAAGAUGCGAUUCUAGUUCCCCGGGGAGAAACACCUUUGGCUUCGGACGUUGUAUACGC